CAGGAGGGAUACUGUGCGUGUAUGUCCUGUCGCAAGGUUGUCCGACGGAUCGCCACUCAAUAUUUUCAUCCGCUACUGUGUCGUACCGUCGCUCUAGUUCGCCUCGCGCCGUCGACGCCGGCGGUGAAAAUGAUAGAGACAAUAUUGGCUGUUACGCGCGCAACGCAAACGACUUACGUUCACGAUACCGUCGUUAGUGGUGGUGUUGUUGUUGUUGUUGUUGUUGCUGCUGCGGUCUUUUGCCAAUAGUGAUAAUAUUAGCAAUUAUCGACAAAUUAGAAUAAUUCAAUUAGUGAUAUUUACAAUUUAUUAAUCUCGGUAAACAGCGCGGCCGCCUCUGUUUGUCGAGUAGCAGGCAAACACCGUAAUUAACAACACAGGUGCGACAAUUCGCAAACAACCGCGUGACGUUGCGCGCUCGAUCUGCGGAUAUCACAGGCAAAGGCUCGCGCCUUUGAGUACUUUUUGCCGGUAUUCAAUCGCGACAAGAUGAACCGCGCGCAUCUGCUUAUCGUGUGUCUUUCGCUGUUUGCGUGGACGUUAUGCGACGGCGCCAGGUCCGUCGAGCGCAAAUCACCGAAACCGUUUGCCACGACCCGCCAGCAAUUAUGGCGGACGGCCGUGGCCAGCGACCACAGGCCGUUGACUAGGCGCAAUUGGAGGGCUAACGGCAAGCCUGGCUAUUUCGGGAACGACCACGUACUGGCCCGCCGGCAAUGGAAUUACAUGACGUCCACCGUGCUACCGGCCAUCACGCGGCCCUGGAAAUCGCUGUCGGAAAAACUGGAAUCCAAUUCCAUGUGGCCCGGCAUGAGCAGAAUCGCUAACGAGGCGUACUUACUUAACACCACGGAAGACUUCAUCAGAGAGCAAGGAUAUCCCGUGGAAAGGCACACGGUGAUCACAACGGACGGCUAUAACCUCACAGUGCACCGUAUACCCUACAGUAAAAAAGCUGAUCCGACAAUAAAGAGACCCGUGGUAGUGGUCCAACAUGGUAUUUUGUGCAGUUCUACCGACUGGGUAAUCUCUGGUCCUAACAGCAGUUUAGGUUAUGUUUUAUCGGACGCGGGAUACGACGUUUGGAUAACAAACACCAGAGGAAACACGUAUUCCAGAGGCCACGUGACGUUGGACCCGUCAAAGGACGCCGAGAAAUUCUGGGACUUUAGUUGGCACGAGAUGGGCGUGAUCGACAUGCCGAACAUGAUCGAUUACAUCCUGGAAGUGACCGGUGAACCGGAUGUCAGUUACGUGGGCCACUCGAUGGGCAACGCCAUUUUCUACGUUAUGUGUUCGGAAAGACCCGAGUAUGCACAAAAGGUGCGGGCUAUGGCUUCCAUGGCACCCAUCGCCUUCUUGAACCACGUCAAGAGUCCCAUCUUGACAUUCUUAGCGUCCGUGGCCGACCCGUUAGCAUGGUUGUGUGGAAGCUUGGGGUAUUACGAAUUUCGUCCCAACGGCAAGAUACUGUUGUUCGCGGGCAAGGCGUUCUGCGAGUCCAGUUACAUGCCAUCAGGAGUUUGUGACAAUUUGCUGUUUCUGAUCGCCGGUUACGAUUCCAAACGAUUGGUUAAAAACGUUCUGCCGAUCAUAUUGGCACACACUCCGGCCGGGGCAUCGGCUCGACAACUCACUCAUUUCGCCCAACUCAUAAACCGCAACCAAUGGUUCGGACAAUACAAUUUCAACAAGGAAAAGAACAUGGAAAAAUACGGUCAACUCGAACCGCCGGCGUACAACCUGAGUAAAGUGACCGUGCCCGUAGCUUUGUACUACGCUAACAACGAUUGGAUGGCUGCUCCAGAGGACGUGCAAGUUCUCGGCGACAAAUUGCCCAACUUGGUCGAGAAGAGAGAAAUGCCGUACCGGGAAUUCAACCAUUUGGACUUUUUGUGGGCGACUGACGUGAAAACUAUUGUGUACGACGACUUGAUCAGGUUUUUGAAUAGAUACGAUCGAAAAUACCUGACCGACGUAAAAGAAUCUCAAGAAGUCGACAAUAACGUCUUUACCAGUGAUCUUAACGAACCAAAAAAGGAUUAAUGGUGUUCUCAAACACGAAUAAAAAAAAUAGGAGAGAACAUUUUUACUAUAACGCGAAUAGUGAGCGAAAUUAUUGUAAAAUAAAAAACGCGAGCCAUUAGUUAUUUAAUACUAAUAAAUUAUAAUUUA